GUUCUCUGUACAAUAACAAACUGGAUGUGUUCGGUGGUGUCGGUGAUUUGAGUGGGGUAGCUGUGGAUUGUGAAGGGAUGCAAGUAAGAGUCGUCGAUGAAGAUUUAUGAACUGACAGUGUCUAAAAAGCUACGAGCGUAAUAAAUGGCAUGACAGAGUAUGUGGUGGGUACUCUGAAAGUUUAGUGGAGUCUUCAGUUAAACAUUAUGAUGAACGUGGUCAGAAACUUUGCCACAGCGUCAUUCAAUGCGUUUUUUCGCCCGAGGAGCCUAUAUACGUCAUCGGUAUUGAGAUUAAAAGAAAUUCGGGAGAAGAAAGAAGGCAAGACUCUUAUCAUUGAAGCUGUCACUGUACCAUCUCCACGACAGCCACUCUUAGUUAGGACACCAUCAGAUGGUCCAUGCCGUUUGUGUGCCUUGGGCCUGGACAUAAAACAUACGGAUGUACUGAUUCUGAAUCAAUUUCUAAGAUCUGAUGGCUGCAUGCUGCCAAGGAGGAUUACAGGCCUUUGUAAAAAGCAACAGCGGAAAGUCAGCAUUUUGGUUGCAAUGGCACAAAAAGCAGGUCUUAUGCCAAACCUGGCACCAUCGAAUAGCAAACAUGACCCCAAACGGCGGUCGAAGUGGAAGAAAUUUAAUACAUACUUUGAUGAGUCUACUAUAAAGUUCAAGUACUAAGCAACAGAAAACAGUAACAUCUGUAUAGUUUUAUUGUACAUAAAAUAAAUCAAUGAUACAUGUGUAA